AUGAAUGAAUGGUUUUCGUUUAAAAUUCCUGCUAGCUUCAGAAUGCAAAAAUCUGCUUCGAUUCAACAUCAAAAGUCUGCAAAAUGUCUCUGCUGUCCUGAUGCAUGUAGAGUCAUGUUAUUGGUCUCCAACAACGUCCAGUGUAAAUCUCACCUUAACAUUCACACACAGUGUAAAUUUUCACAUAAAAUCGAGAUAAAUAUUACAGAAUUUCGAUUACCAUUAGCUCAAGUAUUGUUGACAUUAAUUGCAUUUCUGCUGGUCUCCACAAUGAUGAUACUGACAAAUUUUGGUUUUCAACAAUUUCUCGUGACUUUUAAAAUGAGCAAAAUCAUCGACAGUCUUACUGGAAUUAUAAGCAAGAGAAUAAUUUAA